UGAAUAAAAGCACUUGCGCCAUGAUAGUUUUUUUAUAGCGCAAUCAAGGCUGCAGUCGUUGCGUGUGCAGGUUGUCUUUAAUAUUUGUAGUUGGUGUAGGCUACCGCUCGAUCAGGAGCAUGGCAAGAUCUCUGGUGUUGGCUUGUGUAUUUCUUGUCUGCCUCACAGUUUCGGUGUUGAUUUACGAGGCCCUACGCCUCGAUCUUCAUGUUCGCACUCCCUUGCCAAUUGGGUAUCGGGUUGUUUCCCCUAAUCGUCCCAAUCUGCCCGUCACCCAAGAUCAAACGUUGACGCUCACACUACGCAUGGCAGCUGUACCUAAAUUGAUCCAGCGCAUGUACUGUGACUUUUUACGAUCUGCCGUGCUGUUCUGGUCACCAAAGCUGGGUCACAUCAGCAUGAUACUAGACAAGGAAUCGGCAGCCGAUCACCGGUUGGCAGCUCGACUGAGUCAGCAAGAGCACGCGUUUGGCGUCAACUUUGAUUUCAUUUACGAGCCUCUCCCAAACGAUAUCUCGAUCUUGGAAAUUGAGAAAGAUCGAGGGUACGGCCGCCAACUAUGGAGCAGUUUCUUCAUGGAUUUGUACAUCAACGCACCAAUCAUCGCUUGGACUGACACGGACGGGAUGUUUACGACACCCGUCACCCCAGAAAAUAUCUUUAACGGUCAUCGAUUACGAGUUGUUACAUUUUCCUACUGGAGCCUCUCCCGCAUGCAUGGCUGGGACACAACAACCAAACUUGCAACGGGCAUGAAUCUGGCGGCAGAUUUCAUGUCUUAUUUCCCCGUCUAUAUCUGGAGAGAUACAAUAAGGAAUUGUAGGAAGCACAUUCUUGAUCACAUGAACGUGUCUAAUUUUGCAGACGCCUUCAAAAAAAUGAAGGUGAAAAACGCUAGGGUCAGCCCCGUCAACAUUAUUUUGAACUACGCUUACUACUUUGAACACGAUCGUUAUGAUUGGCAUCUGGACGUCAACAACAACCUGGAAGCCUACAACUCCAAACAUGUUCAACCCGGUUUCGAAAUCAAACCCAAUGAGACAGUUCCAGAUGUUCGAGUCACGGUGCAUGCAGGAGUGCACUUCUUAAUAAAGGGACCACAUCCAAUGCUGCAGGGAUAUUGUAUCGCCAAGCGGUAUGUUGGUACGCCGUCUGCUGCCUGCAAGCGGUUUGAAAAUGUGACAAACUUUCAGCUGUUCGAAUUUGUAGUGGCGAAACAUCAUACUCUCAACCACCUCGCCACUUGGUGCUCGCCUGAGGGUGAUGGGCGCAAAGACUGCAGCCGACGGAUUGAGGCGCAUUACAAGAAUGUUGGCAGGUAUUACAACUUGGGAUGGUUUGAUCUAGAUAUGCGUCGAGUAUCUGCUGUUGAGAAAGCAGCCGCGCUCGGGAAUGUAACUUGUCCCAAAAUAUUUAGCUUUAAUUGAUUAAUUCAGGAGCGACGUGGUUAAUGGCGUGUAGACCGGUUCUCCCACCGAAGAGUUUGACUAUUUACGAAAAUCUUCAGAUCUGGUUUAAACCUAACCGAAAAAUAGUUGUCCUUUAUAUAUGGCUCCUCUAUUGUUGCUCUCUGUGAGUGGUUCCCCCUCUUUUAGAGUAGAUUUAUAAGA